AUGUGGGAAAACUUUGCAAGUGUUGUUGAUAAUAAAAUGAAGGUACCGCCCACGGAAGAUAAUACAGGGAGUUGUGACUCAAGAAAAAAUCUUCGAAUAGUAGUGAAUGACUACGAGGAAGAGGAAAGAAAUCAGCUUAAAUCUCUUGGUGAGCCGAUUUCGCUAAGUUCUCCAAGUGCUUUGUCGCCUGUUGACUUUGAUAAAAUUACUCAGUUACCCACUCCAAUUUUGAAUAACAGUAGCUCCGGGACGUUUUCCAAUUUCCCGCUGCUGCUGAAUAACUUGAUUGACGUCAAUAAAAAUCGAGGUAGAAACAAUGACAACAGAGUCAUCUCAGAAUAUCGACCCAUAUCUAGUGUUGGAAGAAAAAACUCUCUUCUGGACAAUGCUUCGAGCCCAAGUAAGAGGUUUGUAUCUAAUCCGAUAGACCAGGAUCUCUUGGUUUCAGCUUCUACGCAAGCGAUUCCAAGCCCGCCUAUUGAGAAAGAGUUAUCGUCAAAAUAUUAUAAUCGCAUUUUUGAAUCAAAGAGAAACGGUAAAUGUUAUAAAUUUGUUUGCCAAAUUGGCUCUGGAAACUUCAGUACUGUUGUUUUAGCAAAUAACGUAUCAGAUGAGCAUGAUAGAAUCGCAAUUAAAAUCAUUUCUGUUCCAUUAGAAAGUUCGACUGAAAUGUUCAACUUUAAAUCAUUCAUUAAAAGGGAAUUGAAUAUCUUAUACAACCUUAGUCAUCCAUGUAUAAUCCAUCUUGUCGAUUACGAUAUUAACUUUGCAAUUAAUCAAUCACAGAUUGAAAAUGUACAAUACUUUGAAAGUGAGCCUGAUAGUGAAGAUGAUAACAGAAUCUUUGCUGAAAAUUCCGAAAACUCAAAUUCAAAUAAUGAGCAAUUAUUGUUCUUUAAUUAUUGCUCGGGUGGUAACUUGUUUCAGUUUCUGUUCGAUCUAUUCAAAUUAAAUUGUAAAAAAAAUGUUUAUUGGAAAAUUAUAGAAAGAGUUGUAAUUGAGCUCUUAGUUGCUAUUGGGUAUUUGCAUUCGAAUAGCAUAGUUCACCGAGAUAUUAAAUUAGAGAAUGUGUUGCUCAAUUAUUCUUUUGAUGAGCUAUGCCAAAUAAUGAGUCACAAUGAUGACAUUGGCGAACCGUUUCGCAAACCACUUAGUAACUUAUCAGAUUUUGGUCUUUCGAAGCGUUUGAAGGCCCCGGAUGAGCUAUUGAGAACUAGGUGUGGAUCCAAGGAUUAUAUUUCGCCCGAAAUUUUGAUGGGCCUUCAAUAUAACGGUAAAUUGACUGAUUCAUGGUCAUUUGGUGUUUUAAUUUAUGCACUUUUAGAGAAUCGGCUACCUUUUGAUCCUCUCCCACUAAAUGAAAUUGCGGUCACGAACGGGAUAUCUCCGUCAGCGAUCAAAAGGAGAAGAGCCAAAAACAGUGUAGCUCAUCGCAUCGCAAUGAUUGAUUGGGACUGGUUCACCGCAAAUGAAUUGCUUAAUGAUGAGUCGGUUGAUCAAUCUAGUAAAAUCAUUAUCACCAGGUUGAAAGACGUUGCCGAAGUUCUUCUUGUUAGAAAAGACAAACGUAAAACGGUAUCAGAGAUUCUUUAUGACGACAUAGAAUUUCCUUGGAUCAAAUCUAUAUUGCCUAGUGAAAUAUCUUACCUACGCUUCUCUUCUAAUGAGAAAUGA